UGUAAUCGCGGAACCAAGAAAACAAAGAAUUGUCCUCUCCUGCGGGAAGGUUAGCGGUAUCGGCUCCGUACGGCGGUUCUCCCAAUCUUUCCCGCUAUUUUGUGAUCUUCCGCCUCCUCUUCUUCUACCUCUUCUCCCUUCGCUUCUCUUCUCUCUUCAACAUUUGUCUCUCUGACUGUUCUUGUUUUUUUCGGUGUCGCCGGAGGAAUUGUCAACAUGAGCGCCUUUUCUACGGAGAACAUCACUGGGGUUUACCUCCCUUCCGCCCUCCUGGUGUUUGGAACCGUCAUUUUCAAGGCGGAUUUGGCUCCGUAUGCUGUCGCGAUCGCUACAGUAUUGAUCGGCGCGAAGCUGUUCGGCGGCAAUGGUCAGGCCAGAAAGGUUCUGAACCCGACCGAGUUCCAGAAUUUCGUCUUGAAGGAGAAAAACGAGAUCUCUCACAAUGUCGCCAUCUACCGCUUUGCUUUGCCCCGUCCCACUGACAUCCUGGGUCUGCCCAUCGGUCAACACAUCUCUCUCGCCGCUACCAUCGAGGGCCAACCCAAGGAGGUUGUCCGUUCCUACACACCCAUCUCCUCCGACAAUGAGGCUGGCUACUUCGAUCUCCUCGUCAAGGCCUACCCUCAGGGUAAUAUCUCUAAGUACUUGACUACCCUGAAGAUUGGCGACAGCAUGAAGGUGCGCGGCCCCAAGGGCGCCAUGGUCUACACCCCCAACAUGUGCCGUCACAUCGGUAUGAUUGCUGGAGGAACUGGUAUCACCCCCAUGCUCCAGAUUAUCAAGGCCAUCAUCCGCAAUCGCCCUCGUAACGGUGGCAACGAUACCACCCAGGUUGAUCUGAUCUUCGCCAAUGUCAACCCCGAGGAUAUCCUGCUGAAGGAAGAAUUGGACAAGCUGGUCAAGGAGGAUGACGGCUUCCGGGUUUACUAUGUGCUGAAUAACCCCCCCGAGGGCUGGACUGGCGGUGUGGGCUUUGUCACUCCCGAUAUGAUCAAGGAGCGCCUUCCUGCCCCGGCCAAGGAUAUUAAGAUUCUCCUGUGCGGACCUCCUCCCAUGAUCAGUGCUAUGAAGAAGGCCUCCGAAUCUCUUGGAUACACCAAGGCUCGACCGGUCAGCAAGCUCGAGGACCAGGUUUUCUGCUUCUAAGCAGAGGCCUUUCUUGUUUACGGCCUAGAUCUAUAUACCGCUGUUAGAAUGCCCAUCCUUCUGCCGUGGCGUUGGCUCGGGUCGAUGCUCGGUGGUUCCACAUCCAAGACAUGCUAUGCUAUAUUAGUGCUGGCCCUGGAAAGUACCCUAAUUACU